GACCUUUCUAUCCAGGAAGUAGAAGUUGUUCGAGUUCGGUCUCAUCAUCUACACCAGCUUCUCUCAGGGAAACACAAAGUAUUGUUAGCUCUUUAUAGCAAUAAACAUACACACAUACAUACACACACACACACACACACACACAUACACACUCACACACAGGUGCUAUGGCGUUAAAAAGAAUACAGAAGGAGCUUCAAGAUUUGCAAAGGGAUCCUCCUGCACAGUGCUCGGCUGGACCCGUCGGAGACGACUUGUUUCACUGGCAGGCAACGAUAAUGGGACCUACCGACAGUCCGUACCAAGGCGGGGUCUUCUUCCUCACCAUCCACUUUCCCACAGAUUAUCCCUUCAAGCCUCCUAAGGUAGCAUUCACGACGAAAAUCUAUCACCCGAACAUAAACAGUAACGGAAGUAUUUGCUUGGACAUCUUGAGGUCACAGUGGUCUCCAGCACUAACCGUCUCAAAAGUUCUGUUGUCCAUCUGCUCCCUGCUCUGUGACCCAAACCCUGAUGACCCCUUAGUCCCAGACAUAGCACACAUCUACAAAUCAGACAAAGAAAAAUACAACAGACUAGCAAGAGAAUGGACCCAAAAGUAUGCAAUGUGAAGACUUAAUGGACAUUUUUUAAGUCACAGAUCACUGUCAAUUCUAGUAUCUUAAAAAAAUAAUAAAAAAGAGAAAGAGAGCGAGUGAGAGUACAUAGGUUUUAUUCUUAAACACAUUGUAUUGAUAACAUUCAUUAUCUGCAAUGAUCAAUAAGAAUAGCUGAAUUAGUAUUUCAUUGGGGAGCAUUUUAUUUUGCACAAAACAAACGAUUAUUCAAACUGUGCAUUCCGCACCCCGUUCCUCACCCCGUUCCUCACCCCGUUCCUCACCCCGUUCCUCACCCUGUUCCUCACCCUGUUCCUCACCCUGUUCCUCACCCCGCCCCCUGCCCCGUUCCUCACCCUGUUCCUCGCCCCGUUCCUCACCCCGUUCCUUGCCCCGCUCCCUGCCCUGUUCCACGCCCCCUGCCCUUUUCCACCCCUGCCCCGUUCCAUGCCCCGUUCCCUCUCCUACAGGGGUGGUGUUGGGCACUUUGCAUUUUCUUUAUUCUAUACUCGAUAGUAUUUAAGAUUGGCAUGCCAUUGUACAGCUGUAGUUACCCCAGGAGUGGAACAUUAAGGAACUGUUAACUUUUUCUCAUUCAAUCAGAUCCAUUUUCUUUAGAUAUUUUUAUUGUAUAGUUAAAAUGUAACUAUACUUGAUUUUUAUUUUUUUUUUUCAUUAAAAUUUGUUUUAAGAUGA